CAGCGGACAAGUAGAGUAGAGCGGUGUCUCUAGGUGGCAUAUGAACUGGUGAGAUGUCAAUCAAGAUGGCGUCUGGUCUGUCUUGCCACCUCCUUUUCCUCAUUCUGCUCACAUCAGAACUCCAAGUAAAUAUUCCUGGGAAAAUGGCAGAAGAAACUGCAGCCAAUCUCAUGUGCCUCCAUGUGGAAACCCCUAAAGAAGUGAGAGAGGGAGAAACAGCAGAUCUGACAUGUAAAACCACCUGCAGUCUGACUGACCCAAAAUUCAUCUGGUACAAAAAUGGACGUCCUUUAACCACAAAGACCAUCAAGAACAACCAGCUCCACCUGCAGACAGCCAGCAGUCAGGAUGCAGGCAGUUAUAGCUGUGCUGUAAGAGGAUAUCAACAUCUCCGCUCUGCUGCUCAGAAGCUCAGAGUCAGAUACCAUCCAAAGAGUGUCUCAGUGUCCAUCCAUCCUUCUGGUGAAGUAGUGGAGGGCAGUUCAGUGACUCUGACCUGCAGCAGUGAUGAGAACCUACCUGUGUAA